AUGUCCAGCUGGGAGACGGAGUCAAACAAGACGGCUGAGCUGAUUGAGGAUAAGCACUGUGCAGGACUCGACAAACCUCACGAGACGAUCGACUGCAAGGGGCCGUGCUACAACAUACACUGGCAGUACACGGACUGGUCGCAGUGCUCGGUGUCAUGUGGCGGCGGCGAACGCUACCGUAGCGCCAUCUGUGUCGACGGGGAGGGACAGACGACCGCAGACAGCUACUGCAACCGCAAGGAGCUCCCCCUGACGGUGGAACGCUGCAACCAGGGCGUCUGUCCCGUGUGGGUGCUCGGUGACUGGGAGAGUUGUUCGGUGACGUGUGGUGCGGGACAUCAGCGCCGCGCUGUCUGGUGUCAGGGUGGCGACGGUCAGCGCAUGUACCCGGCGUCCUGCGCCAACGCCACCAGCGAGCAGACGACAUCGCGACGAUGCGAGCUAACAGCGUGCCCGGACUGGGACACAGGCGCCUGGGGACAGUGCUCCGUGUCGUGUGGCAGUGGCACGGAGAUGCGUGCGGUGCGAUGCCGCUCUGCGACUGGCGACAUGGUGCAGGAGGCUGCGUGCAGUGCCCCCACGCGGCCGCCCGCGCAACGCGAGUGCUCGCGUGAUGACUGCGUGACGCCGCCGCCACCGCUGCCCGUCGCCUCCCCGCUCGUGCAGGACCUACCACCGCCGUUGCGCGACAAUGAUGAUGACAGGCCUGCCAUCUGGGGGCGCACGCACGACAACCGCUCGCAGCUGCCGGCGGCGGGCGGCCAGCAGGGGGCGCCGCGGUACCCGCAGGACGAGCGCGUCAGCUCUGAGCUCGACGAGCCAGCGAUACCGGACGGCGGCACGCACUUUACAGAUCAGUCCGGCCACGAGACCGUCUACCCGCACCGGCCGUGGGUGCCGCAUGCGCGCAUUGCCAUGACGACGACCACCGUGGCGCCGCCACUCGACGACGAUGGCGGCGAUGACACGGGCGGCAGUAAAUUCAUGUGGAGAACGGGAGCGUGGACACCGGUGUUUCGACGACUGUGUGGCUCCGGGUGCCGCGGCGUGUCGCCGGUGCUGUGUGAGCACGAGCGGCAGGAGGCUCAGCCUUCACUGCGACAGCCUCACAGCCGGCCUACACCGACAGCUGCAACAGCGGGCGCCCGGCCCGACUGGCGGUCAAGGAUUGGGGAUCAGUACGUCCACCCUGCUUUCACCAUCGUGCCGAUGUCGUAA